AUGGCGCCACCGUCCUCCGCCGCCGCUGUCCGUCGGCCACGGCGGUUCAAACUCCUGACAUGCAUCGCAAUAUUCUUGCUGGGUGUGAUUGUGGUGGUGGGCCUAACCAUCCUCAUCGCCUGGCUGGUGAUACGGCCGCGGCGGCUGGUUUACGCCGUGGAGAACGCCACCAUUCAGAACUACACCCUGACGUCCAACAACCGCCUCACCGCCACCUUCAACUUCACCCUGGAAGCCUUCAACCCCAACACCCACGCCGCCGUUUACUACGACGACAUAGAGGCGCAGCUGUUUUACGACGACCAGCUGAUAGCCGACCACGGCGCCGAGCCGUUUUUCCAGCCGCGCCAGAACGUGACCCACCUCGACUUGUCCCUCCCGGCUAAAGAGGUGCAAGUGAGCGCGAACGUGGCGAGGGAUUUCAAGGUGGAGAGGACCAACGGGAACGUGGAGCUGGAGCUCCGGGUGUAUUCCAAGGUGAGGUUGAAGGUCGGCGUUUGGAAAUCCGGUCACCGGAAACUUAAGGUCAUUUGUUCUCUCGUGGUUUUCUUCUCUUCCAAGGGGUUUGAUAAUAGCUAUUGCGACGUUUACAUGUGAUGAAUUUUAUUAUUGUUGUGUUGUUUUUUUUAGUUUUUCCCAAGGUGUCCAGUUCACAGCCAGAAGAUUAAUCUUUAUUCCCAACUGUCAACACACUAAGUGAUAGGGGACUAGUCAAAUGGUUUGCUCCAGUUGGGUGGGGAUCAACCCCAACCUCAAUUGUUGUGUUGUUACUGUAGUACAUAAUAAUUCAUUUUUCUUUUUUUUUUUGAAAAAAAUAAUUCAUUUUCUAUUCUGUCUGUGUCCAAUACAAU